AUGCAAUGGACCGUCACGACUAUCAUACCGCUCGUCAGCGUCAUCCUCACAGCCGUAAUCGCGCCACUAGGCUGGGUGAUACAGCGAUAUUGGAACACCAAAAGCAACCGCACAAGCGGAGGCGCCGGCCAAAUUAUGGCAGAGGAUGGCCGGUUUGAGGAGACACUCGAGGUCGUCAGCACGGUACUCAACUCCACGGGCUCCGACGGCGCAAAAAAUUUCAAAAUCCCGGUGUGA